AUGCCUAUACGAGCCUAUUGCACCAUUUGCUCGGAUUUCUUUGACCACUCCAGAGAUGUUGCUGCCAUUCACUGCGGGCAUACCUUCCACUACGAAUGCCUUCUCCAGUGGUUCCAGACCCCCCCUCCAAAAACCUGUCCACAGUGUAGGAAACAGGUCAGCACCAGGCACAUUAUCAGCAAGCUGUUCUUUGACAUUGGCGGAGAGGAGAGCACGGCUGACCCCGAAAGUCUGCAGAAUGAGCUUGAUCGCAUGAGGGCACUUCUAAGCUCCAAAGAGCGAGACUGGCGAGACAAACAGAAGGCGGUGGACAGCUUAAAGGACACCGUGGACAAACAGAGGAGAGACCUGGACAGCGCCCGGAAAGACGUCAUGGAAAAGGAGAUGCUCUGUUCUGCGCUCAGAAAACAGAUGACGUAUUUCGAGACGCAGCAGAACGAGGUUCAGGUUGCAAAAGAGGAGGUCCGGAGGCUAAGGAUUAAAAUGAAAACCUUUGAAAGCAUGGACGUGUUGUUGCAGGGCCAGAGAGCAGAGGUGGAGUCGAUGGUCACAGAUAUGGGUGUCAGUCACACAGCAGUGGAGCAGCUCUCCAUCUACUGCAUCUCUCUAAAGAAAGAGUAUGACAAUAUCAAAGGUAGCCUCAAGAAUUCCAAUGAAAUGUGUGAAAAGCUGAAGAGAGAAGUGAUCUGCUCAAACAAUAAGUUGCAUAAAGCCACGAUAGAGGUGAAUCGGACCAAAGAGGACAUGAUGUCGCUGCAGAAAGACCUGGCCAACGCGGACAAAGAGAUCUCGAGUCUGAAGAAGAAGGUGGACUUUCUCCAGAAGACUCUGAGCACCCCGACGCGGACGAACGAAGCCCUCAGCAGGCUCGUCUUUGAAAGCCCCGCCCCGGUGGAGCUGAAGCAGCCCCGCCUCCACCAGCCCGCCGACUGCACGGACAUCGACCUCAACAUCACCUACGACAUCACCACGCCGGACGAUGCGGCCAAGAGGCCGGCGCAGGACCAGGCCAAGAAGAUGCGUCUCGACCCCGCCGUACCAUCUAUGUCUAAACCGAGUGAGAAAUCCUCAUCUUUGAGAAAGCUGGCUCGGGAUGAAGACCCGGCCACGGAUCCUUUCCUGAGGAACUCCUUCCUCUUUAGAAAGAAGACUUUUGGCAGCAUGUUGGACCCCCAGAGGAAGCCCGGAGUUGUCAGAACGGGUUACGAUGGAUUUGGAGGAAGAACCAAAUUCAUCCAGCCUUCCCCUUUAUCGGAGAUUCGCCCGCUGAUGAAAGCCAAGAGGAAAAAGGUGAGCCGUCCCCCCUCCAAGAUUUCCACCUGCCUGACUCUGGACGGCUUCCUGGAAUGA